ACAAAAUAGUCGACAUCGCUGCAGCUCCCGGCAAUGGCCUUUUCGACUGAAAGAAGAACCCAAAAGAAAAGUCCGAAAGUAGAACGCAGACCAGGUUUUCCGCAGUCCAGUCUUAGGGUCCACCUAGAGGAGACCGGCGAAGAUUUCAUCGUUCGGAAAUGCCGCGGAGACACGACCGUCAAAGAGCUCAAAGAGAGCCUGGAGCUGCUGGCCGGAGUGCCCAUGAACUUACAGAGGUUGUGCUACCUGGACCGAGGAGAUUUGCUCUCAGAUUCAACUCUCCGCUUCUAUGACAUUGUGCCAGGUGGGACAGUGACGUUGAAGGUGUGGCACUAUGAUGGCUACCAGAAGCUAGUGAAAGCUGCAGCAGAGGGAGAUGUCCAUCUGCUAUCUGCUCUAGGAGUGACUCCAGACACAUCCUAUGCUACCCCCAAUUCCUCCCGGAUGAGUGGACCACAGCGGACUUCAUGGAUUGCUGAAAGGGCGGCAGUUGCUCUGUAUGUGGCUGCCCACCGUGGACACCAAGAUGCAGUCAAAUUCCUUCUGCAGAGUGGUGCCAGUGUGAAAUAUACAACACCUCUGGGGCGAACUGCACUGCAUGCAGCCGCAGCUAUGGGCCAUGGCCAGUGUAUCGAGCUACUGCUGGAACAUGGAGCACCAAUCCACGCAAGAGACAAGGAAGGACUCACCGCUCUGGAGCUAGCCAAUCAGAAGGGCCAGAAGAAGAGUUCUCGCCAGCUGUACUUGUUCCAGUGGAAGCAGCGAGCAGCGGGUGUCCGGGUCAAAACCCACUUGGACGUGGAUGAGCUCUUUGCACACCAGAGGUUUGACUCUAAGCUGAAGACUUGGCACACCAGUCCUCUGGCCAGGAUCUAUAUGGCCAACCUCCAGAAGCCUGGUGAGUUCCAAGGCACAAGUCUAAGUGCACCUUCUAACGUGCCAAAGAUUCCUAACAAAGCAGAGAGACUUGGGGUCAAAUGCUGAAAUGUCAAGCGUCCUAUGAACAGAACAGAUUGUUUUCAGUUGUG